AUGCCUAGCCAUUUAGAAAAACAUGAUAAAAUGGUCGAAAUGACAAAAGAUAACCUGAAACGACUUUAUCAAGUUUUGGGGAUGAAAGUAGCGUUUGAGGACCAUUCAAGGAUUCAAGCAGACCAAGGGAUAUGUCAAGGGGUCUUUAUGAAUAAGAUAUGUAUACCUAGCGCAGCUGCACCGCUCCACGCCUUCGCUCACGCUAUAUACACUUCCGCGACGCAUCCGAACUGCGUCACACCACCCACAUGGUCACAUCUGCAUGGCGGACAUCACUGCAACCUCCACGUACACCCAUUUCAUUUCAGCUCCCGGAUUUAA